GAUACUUCGUGGCUUUUUGUAUAUGCAUACCCUUGAUGGCCUGGGCAGUUUCACGUGUGUUCUUAAAGUGAACGCGAAGAUUGGAACCUCUUGUUUUGCAUGACUUUGUGGGGUUCUCUGGAUCAAGUGAAUAGCGAACCAUUUUCACAGAUUACCUCAGGCCGCUUGGGGAAAGAGGAAGAAUGGUGACUUCUGGGAGAACUCCAAAGCCACAGUUCUUAAGCAGGGAUAAGAAAUACUUUGGACAUCUAUGUAAUAUAAAAUAUUUUUUUAAUAUUUUGCAAAAAUUUUUCUUUCAUUUACUUAUGCAGUUAGAUUAGAAUGCCGAAAUUUCCAUUUUGUUUUAUUUUAUAAAUGAAAGUCAUCUGACUUAAUGAGAAAAUGGUGUAUAAUGUAUUAUUGGAGAAUGUUCUUUUGAAUAGAAGACAUUGGUUUUAAACUUUUUGCAGGGUUUGACUUGGGAAGGUAGGAAGUCACAUGAGGGAAACGUAGGGCUAAUGUCUAAAGAAAAUAAAGGUUAGUUUGCACUUAUUUUUUUAAAUGUUCGUUUGGCUUUCCUAUGUGCGUAUAACAGGACAUUUAUCUCUUCUGCUAUAAUUGUACAUGAUUACAUAGAAUUUUAAUAGAGUUGUAAAUAUUGGCAGGCUUUCAUUUGGGGUGAUUUUCAUUUAUUUUUAUAUUUGAUACUUUCUGACUGCCUGGAGGUAGUAAAUGUUGAUCUACCACCGUUAGUUUUGAGUGAAGAAUUCUGAUACUUUGGAGAAGUAAAUGCAUUUCAAACAUACAUUACUGUGUGAAACUACCAUUUUAUUAGUUACACUUAGGUAUGAAAAUGCAAAAACAAAUCUGUAGUUCUUCUGUCACAUCAUUUUUAUGCCUCACAAACUCAUAGCCAAAUAGCCCCAAAUUCAUAUGUUAAAAAAAAAAAGCUUCCAUAAGGUCAAUAACACAGUAUCUUGAAAAAUUUCAGUUUAAAAAAAGUUUUCAGUAAUAUGGGAUCAUUCAGAAGCAGAUACCGUGUGGAAAAUAUAUUAUUGUUAAGUAGAUUUACUGUUUAAUGGGAAGAGAUUUGUUGUUGCAUGUUAUAUGGCAUUUUUCAUGUAACAUCUUUUACAUAUCCCUGUCAACAAGUAGGAGGUGUUAACUACAAUUUAUUCAACAAAUAUUUGUUGAGCCUGUGUGUCAGGCACUAUUCCAAGGUCUGUUAACAGGCUUAUUUUCAGACUAGGCGCGGUGGCUCAAGCUUGUAAUCCCAGCACUUUGGGAGGCCGAGGCGGGUGGAUCACGAGGUUGAGAGAUCGAGACCAUCCUGGUCAACAUGGUGAAACCCCGUCUCUACUAAAAAUACAAAAAAUUAGCUGGGCAUGGUAGCAUGUGCCUGUAAUCCCAGCUGCUCAGGAGGCUGAGGCAGGAGAAUUGCCUGAACCCAGGAGGCGCAGGUUGCGGUAAGUCAAGAUCGCGCCAUUGCACUUGAGCCUGGGUAACAAGAGCGAAACUCUGUCUCAAAAAAAAAAAAAACAGGCUUAUUUUCUAGAGGCAGAAUAUAUAUAUAUAUAAUUAUAGGACUUGUUAUACCUCAGGACAGGAUGAAUUAUGGAAAAAAUAGUAAACUUGGUCUUUUGGCAUGAAAUGAUUUUUGAUACAAUAAUUUCCAAAUUCUGUGACUUCCAUAAUUGUAGAGUGGGUCUGUAGUUGAAUUGAACUCGAUUGUUCCUGAAGUAGAAGUGAGUAUCAUUGCCAUGAUUUUAUUUCAGUUUUGUUUUCCUCAAAAUAGAAUUUGCUAAACUUUUAGAAGGAAAAAAUGUUUCCUCUGCAGACCUAACCAAGCAUAUUAAACUAUUACCUACUUGCUCUUAGGUUCCAAAAUAUUCAGAUCAUCCUAAUGAUUAUCUCCCUAUACUGGCUUGACUCUGAUAUAUGAUUAUUAACAUUUGUGUAACACUGUACACAGACUGAUUUUACGUGACAUAAAAGGUUUCACAAAGACUUUAAAAUUGUGUUCAUUUUACUUGUACUAGUGUGUUUUCAAUUUAAAAAAAUAGCCCCUGUGAUUGUAUAUAAAAUAUAGUAUCCUGUCAUGAUAAGGGUGUUAGAUUUAGUUUCUUCUUUUAUAAAUGAAAAUAGCUACUUCCCAUAAUUGUUAUGAAAGCUAAAUAAGAAAAUGUAGAUAAUAAUUUAUAAAGUUAAAUUCAAAGAUUUAAUAAUUUAUGAAAUUGACUUCAAAUAGGAAGAGUAUUACUACAAUCCAGUUGCCUCGAAACCUCAGUAGGCAGCUUUUUAUUGUGACAGGAAACCUCUAUUGAGGUUUGAGGUGAUGAGGGUGAAAAAUUUAAUUUUAGAGAAGAAGCUUGUGGUGUGGCAUUGAUAACUUUAGGGAUGUGAAUAGGAUUAUGGGGGGGAAAAAAACAACAAAAAAACCUUGCCUCCAGAGAGAUGAAAAGUACCACAUGGGCUCUAAGUCAGUGUCAAAAUAUUUUUUUUGGAGCUAGCCUGACUCUGGAGAGGUCAGUAAAAUAAACAGUUGCAACAGAGAGGCUAGAUUAGCAAGUAUGGGUUUCUAAAUGAUAAACGGCUUUUAGGCUAGAAUCAGGGCUGAAUUAGCCCUCCCACCACUUAUUUGUUUCGAGGGUGUUCGAAGGGCCUAGAACUGAGUUCACAUGGUGCAUGAUUGUGGUCUGGGGAGUAGGGAAGUAUAUUAGAUUCUAAUAUGGGGGUAGGCGUGAAGGGAAGUAUAUUAGAUUCUAAGAAAAUAUAUUUUGGUGGUUAUCCUUUUUUAAAAUAAGUAAUAAUGAGUAUUUAGAACAAGAACAGUUUUGUAAGAAGGAAAAUGCCUAAAAUCUGAACUGUAUUCUUCUAUGUUUUUAUGACAUUAUGUAAAUCAAAGGUGUUUUCCUUUUAAGUGAAAGAAAAGGUCAGGAGUAUGAAAUCCUAAGCCCUUUUUCUCCCCCUUAAAACCCUACAGGUUCACUGUAGAAAAAAAUUGCAAGUGGGGAAGAAAAAUGCUUUCAGAGAGAAAAGUUAGUUCUGAAUUUGUGUACUUCAGUAACAGUAGUUGAAGUUUUUAUUAGAUGCAAGAAGAUGUCUCUAAAGUAAAAUCCUUUGUGUUAACAUUCGAUUUUGUAUUGUAUUAUAGUAACUUUAUUCAAACUUCUUUUUUGUUUAGCAUUUAACGGAAGAAAAACCUUAUGGCCUUAUCAAUGAAGCUACUAGAAAUGUAGUGCUGUUUUGUUGCCCAGCCUGGACUUGAACUCCUGGGUUUAAUUAAGGCAAGUUGCUUUGGCAGAUAUAAUUCUCAUCAAUAAAACAGACUUGGUUCCGGAAGAAGAUGUAAAGAAGCUAAGAACAACAAUUAGAUCCAUAAAUGGACUAGGACAAAUCUUAGAAACACAAAGAUCAAGAGUUGAUCUUUCUAAUGUGUUAGAUCUUCACGCCUUUGAUAGUCUCUCUGGAAUAAGUUUGCAGAAAAAACUUCAGCAUAUGCCAGGAACACAACCUCACCUUGAUCAGAGUAUUGUUACAGUCACAUUUGAAGUACAAGGAAAUGCAAAGGAAGAACAACUUAAUGUAUUUAUUCAGAAUCUCCUGUGGGAAAAGACUGUGAGAAACAAGGACAAUCACUGCAUGGAGGUCAUAAGGCUAAAGGGAUUGGUGUCAAUCAAAGACAAACCACAACAAGUGAUUGUCCAGGGUGUCCAUGAGCUCUAUGAUCUGGAAGAGACUCCAGUGAACUGGAAGGAUGACACUGAGAGAACAAAUCGAUUGGUCCUCAUUGGCAGGAAUUUAGAUAAGGAUAUCCUUAAACAGCUAUUUAUAGCUACCGUGACAGAAGCAGAAAAGCAGUGGACAACACUUUUCAAAGAAGAUCAGAAUCUCAUUUAGGAUACCAUGUUACAUGUAAUAGUCAUACAUCCUUCGACUCCUCUUGGCUGUGACAAUCCCUUUGAAUCUCCUUGUUUUGAUGAACUUGACAGUUUUGAAGCAUAUUGGUCAGGUGCGCAAGAUGCUCCUGUGUUGGAAUUUGAUGUUUUCCUCAUGAUUAGGGGUUUUUGGAGAAAAAUCACGGAGUACCAUUUUCAUCACAUCAUACCAAGGGUAUAUGCUGUUACCAUGAUUUAUGACUAUUGAUGUUGACAUUGAUGACCUGAUCACCUGGCUGAAGGGGUGUUUAUCAGGUUUCUCCACUGUAAAGUUACUUUUUACCCCCUUUUUCAUACUGGGCUUGGAAGGAAAUCACUAUGUUCUGCCCACACUAAAGAAUGGGGAGUUGUAGUCUACUUUUUGGGGAGUGGAGUGGCUACAUAAUUAAUCGAAAUUCUUUCUCAAGGGAGAGUUGUCUCUUUCCCCUUGUUCAUUGAUUCAGUCAUUUAUGUUGAUCAGUGUGGACACAUGAAUAUUUUAUACUUUGGGUUACAUUUUAAUUCUAUAUUUUGUUACUCAAAUUAUCCCAGCUUUGGCCAUUGGGAACUCUUUCAGUUUUCUCCUGUUCCCCCUUUGACAUAGCCCCAUCAAUGUGGGUUUUGUGUUUCGUUUUGUUUUUGAGUACCUCCUUAUUUUUCUCCUUUCAUUUUUAAAUAACUCCAAUCCCUAUAGAAGUUGGGGCUAGAAAAACUUAACAAUGCUGCAGGUCAUCCAAUUCCUAUGCUGAUGGAAGAAAUGUGACUCACCCGCAGAGGGCUGGGGAGGAGACAUCUGGGAUUAUUGUGGUUGAAUAAGACACCUGUCCUGGCCCUCCUGGAGCUUAGUUUAGUAGGUCACACAAGUAGUCAUUGGUAAAUUUGGGAUUCAAACAAAUCUGUUAGGCUCAGACCUGCCUGUUGCUUGUCCUCCAAGCUGCAUAUAAACUGAGGUGCCUUAAAGGGUAAAAACUUCAGGAGCAGAGAAGACAUAAGUUUUAAAAGAAGAUUUGCAAGAAAGCUGUUUUCCAUAUUUUAUCCUGAAGGCACUAGCUCAUUUAAGCUAUUUUUUGUUAUAUUUUGCCCUUGUAGUUGGCUUCUGAUUUCUCACUGAACAUUCAUUGUCAUAAUUACAGACACUAUGUGACAAUCAAUGGCAUAUUUUGUGCUGCAUUUUUAUUACAUGGCACCCCAAAUUUUUCCCAAGUAGGUAGGUUUUAAAUUAUGAAUAUAUACUGUGACAUAGUAUCUUACUUUGUACUCUAAUAAGAUUCUUAUUUAUAUAACAAAUAUUUUUAUUCCUCUGUAGUGCUACUUUAGACUCUGAGCUAAUUUAAAUGAAGCCAAUCUAAAAAUCAUGUUACUUCUAAGGAUAUUGAGUAAGUGGAACAAUUCUCCUGCCAUAUUACCCCUCCCCAGUACAGAUAGUGAAUGAGAACCCACUGAUUUAAAGACAACACUGCAGCCCCUUCUUGCCUCAUUGAAGUUCCUAGUUUUAUCAUUACAAUAAAAGCACUUAAUGUUGGCACUUCUAACAGAAUGAGGGAAGAGCCAGAACCAGGCAGAGUAGUGUGUGCCUGUAAUCCCACCUACUCAGGAGACUGAGGCAGGAGGAUCACUUGAGCCCAGGAAUUCAAAGCCAGCCUGGGCAACAUAAAUCUUGUCUCUAAAAAUGAAAUGAUUAGGAAGGGAGGAAGAGAGAAGCCAUUAUAGACUGGGUGUAUCUUUUCUAUGUGGAGCCAUUUUGUAAGAACAGCAUUUUUUCAAACUGGGCCCAUACUGGUACAUGUGAAAUCAGUUUAGUUGGUUAUGACCAUUUUUUAAAAAAAGAAAUAUCGGUAAUUACUAUAGUGUAAUUAUAUUGUUUUGUGAAACCCAUCUUAGAUACGUAUGUCUGUAUGUGCAAGAUUGUGAUAUAAAAUGCAUUUCUUACUGUGGUUAAAUAUUCAAAGAAGUUGGAGAACCAUUACUAUAAGGGGACAGAGGACUCCACGUGAGCUCUUCUGCCUUCCCUGAAUGAACUUGCACAGCUUAAUGCUAAGACAUUCAACCUUUUUGAAAAUUUGAGUCGGAAAGCAUCUUGGGGAGGAGAGGAAAAAGGUAAAAGGGGCAAAGCAACCCCCCGCUCCGCCGCCUCAAACCCCCCAUUCAGCUUGGGAAUGUUUUUAGACCCUUAAAUAUCAUUCAGCUCACCAUUCUGGAUAAGGACAGACUCUACCAAAGAAAAUGGGUAAUUACCCAGCUGUGAAACACAAAAACGUACUUUCACGUCUACACAUUCCUUUACAAACCACCGUGCACAUUUCAGCCUCCCCGCCUCCUGCCCGCCCAGCCGCCAUUUCUUUUCUCCAGGAGAGAAAAGCUGCAUGUCUAAGUGGUCAUAGAUUGUUGAGUAUCAUACUUUCCUACCUCGUUUUUAUUUGCGCGGUUUUAAUUGCGCCU